GUUUAAGAAAAGAUAUCUGGUGUGAAGUCAAAACACGUUUCAAGAUUCCAAACCUUGUUGAAUUUUUUGGUGCUACAGAAGGAGUAAAAUCAACAUUCAAUGUAUCUGAUCAGCCUGGUGCCGUUGGAAGACUUUCUCCACUAUUGGUCAUUGAUAGGAAAUCUGUUAUUGAGUCUAAUUGUGCACAAUUAAUUAUUUAAAUAAACUCCCCCCCCCCCCAUAUCAAAAUUUGACUUUAUUUAAAAACAAUGAAUGUUUAAUAUAAUUAUUCAUAUUGGAAGACUUUCUCCACUAUUGGUCAUUGAUAGGAAAUCUGUUAUUGAGUCUAAUUGUGCACACUUAAUUAUUUAAAUAAACUCCCCCCCCCCCAUAUCAAAAUUUGACUUUAUUUAAAAACAAUGAAUGUUUAAUAUAAUUAUUCAUAUUGCUUCAGAGCAUGACAGAUCUUGUGCCAGCAGCACUUGUCAAGUUUGACUUUGCCACAGCCACUCCCAU